CAAAAUUAUGUAAACUAGAAUCGGUGUUUAUCGCUUUACGAUUAAAUUUAAUUACAUUUGAUAGUUUUUAGAUAGACUUAUAAUCAAUAAUCGAUAAAAUCUAUUAAAACUUUUUUUGAAUUAAAUGUAUCCUAUUACGCACUAUGUUAUGAGUAGUCGAGUUUUAUCACGUCGAAGUUUUGUGUUUUGUUAAUCUUAUGAACUUAAAAUAAUGUAUAUACAAUACAAAAUGAAAAUAGGACUUAAUUAAGAUAUAAUAAUAAUAAUAGAAAAAAUUAUAAAGAAUUAAUUAUAAAGAUUUAAAGAAUAUGAAAGCAGUAAUACAACGUGUAACAAGUGCCUCUGUUACAGUGGACAAUAAAGUUAUUAGCAGUAUUGGAAAUGGACUCUGUGUAUUAAUUGGUAUAACAAGAGGUGACACUUUAGCUGACAUAAAAUACAUAGUAAGAAAAAUUUUAAACACAAAAGUUUUUGAGAAUGACAAGAAGAAAUGGAGUGCCAGUGUUAUGGAUAAACAAUACGAAAUUUUGUGCAUUAGUCAAUUUACUUUGUAUCAUGUUUUAAAAGGAAAUAAACUUGACUUCCAUAGAGCAAUGCCAGCACAAGAGUCAGAACCAUUUUACAAAAUUUUUUUAAAUGAGUUGGGUAAAAACUAUAAACCAGAGCUAAUCAAAGAUGGUAUAUUUGGAGCCAUGAUGGAAGUUAGCAUACAAAAUAGUGGACCUGUUACUUUAGAAAUAGAAUCCCCAAUUAAACCUAUCGAAGAUAGUACAAAGAUAUCUGAAAAACAAUAAUGAUUCUCCAGAAUAAAUAAUUAUUUAUUUCACCAAUAUUCUAUUAACAACUUUAAUCUAUGAAAUAAUAUAAAUAUAAUGAGAAAAUAUAAAAGUAUAGAGAUAUGUUUUCUGUAAUAAUGUUUACCUGUUUACUGAAACUCCAAAAGCUAUUUAACAUGAUUGACCUUCUCUAACUCAUCUGAUGUAAAUUGUAACACUGUAGAUAUAGCAUUUAAUAUAUGUCGCUUGCUUGAUGAAUCGUUUGUAGUUAAAUAAUUAAUAAGUACAUUUUUCAAAUAUUCUAAAUUCGCUCCUUCUCUAGAUUUACAUGCUUCCAACCUGAAUUGUAAUAACAUGUACAAAAUAUAUGUUUGGUAUCUGUA